GGUGAUGUGUAAUAAGUACCCUUCUGUUGUGGUAACUGAUGGCGAUGAUGCGAUGAUUGCAGCGGUCAAAAAAAUGUUUCCAGAAGCUACUCAUCGGUUGUGUGCAUGGCACUUACAAAAGAAUGUAACCUCGAAUGGAGGCGAGCAGAUGUUUCGUGAGAUAUUCUGUAAAUGGCUUUAUGCUGACAUGGAGGUAGAUGACUUCGAGCUUGAAUGGGAAGAAGCUUCUGAGGAAUUUGGUCUACACGAAAAAUAUUGGGCAAACUAGAUAUACGAGAAAAGGCACCUGUGGUGUAAUGCAUACCUUCAUGGCAAGUUUUGUGCUGGAUAUCGCACAAUAUGUAGGUGUGAGGGAAUAAAUCCUCGCGUAAUGGGAUUUUUGAACUUAGGACAUAGUAUUUUGGAAUUGGUACAAAAUCUGGAGUUAGUAGUACGAGAAUACCGCAACAACGAGCUGGUUGCACAAUUCAAUUCAAUAUAUAGCACCCCUGCUCUAACAACGUGCUUGGAUCCUAUUGAAAGGUGUGCUACAGAUGUUUACACGAGAGCUAUUUUUGUACUAGUUAAGAAAGAGAUUGAUGGUGUUGGAGUGGUUAAAUUUGUGAGUAAAAGGAGUGUCUCCAUAACAAUGGUAUACACAAUGGAAGAGUACGAUCAUCUCGGCCACUACAUUGUAACCUUAUUUGAUAGGACCGUGACUAUAAUGGAAUGUCAAUGCCGAUUCUGGGAGAAAGAGGACUUUCUAUGUAGGCACAUGUUCUUUGUCACGAAGCACGAGCAUUUAAAGGAUAUUCUAAAUCGUUUAAUUCUGAAGCUGUGGAGGAGAGACGCCAAGGCAAUUAAAGAGUAUGUCGACGACAUGUUGAGUGAGAGAGGUUUUCUAUUGCGACAUGGGGCACUCCAUGCGGCGUCACAGUGGAUGUUCUACCUUGGUUCAAAGAAUCGAACUGUAUUUAAGAAUGCAAUGGAAAGAAUUCGUGGAAUUUGUACUGACAUCCAUGCACGUCUUGGUCAACCAAACGAGGGAAGAAAAGCGAAUGGGAUGAGGACGUUUGGGAUCCCGUUGUUGUUAGAACUAAAGGCGCUCCACGGUCCAAAGGCAAAAAGGGAAAGAAAAGGAGAUGUAUGUUCUGCAAAAGGACCGGCCACACAAAGCGGACAUCUCUUGAUAGGGUACCAAAUCGAUCCAAAUGGGGUCUGCAACAGGAUGAAGCAUCUAUCGAAAGACCAGGGGUCAAGCAGAACUUAAUGGGGGUACAUGAAACAAGUCUGCCCGCGAGGAUAGCAUCGGCGUAUUCACGAGAUGGGAAAAAUGUUUCGGCAAAAUUAAAACCUGUGAGAACUCAGGAGAGGAUUGUCGAAACUGCACAAAGUGAGAUUCUAGCAUCUGUUGCAGAUGCAGGGGCUUGCGAUUAUCACCAAUAGGUACUGGAUCUUAUGAAAUCGCUGAAUGCAACAAUAGGCUUAGAUGGCAUUUAGAAGUCCCAGUGAUGUUUCAGUUAGUGGUUUAGUUUGUUUUUCUUAGGAGUCAGUAGUUGUUUAAAAGACUCUUUUUGGCUUUGUGUGCAACAAUGUCGUUAAGGUUCAGCGCAAUUGGAUAUGCUAAGUACAUGAGUUUUAUUAUUUGGCCUUUUUUGUACUUACGUUACACUUUCAAUGGCAAAACUUUGCUUGCUGAAAGCAGAGAUCAGUUAUAGCCUUUACUUUCAUUCAGCCGCCACUAAAUAUUCUUUUUUAUUUUU